AUGGAUUAAAAAAAAUCAUUUGGAGACGAAACAAAAUUAAGAAUAGCUAUAGUAAAUUAAGAUAAAUGUAAACCAAAAAAAUGUAGAUAAGAAUGUAAAAACGGUUGCCCAAUAAAUAAACAAGGAAAAUUAUGUAUUCAAGUUACCCCAAAAGAUAAAAUAGCCAAUAUAGCAGAAACCUUAUGUAUUGGCUGUAACGUAUGUGUUAAAAAAUGCCCAUUUUAAGCCAUUAAAAUAAUAAAUCUUCCAAAAGACCUCUCAAAAGAUCUUACCCAUCGUUAUGGUCCCAACACAUUUAAAUUACACCGUUUACCAACACCACGCCCUGGUUAAGUAUUAGGGUUAGUUGGAACAAAUGGUAUAGGAAAAUCUACAGCAUUGAAAAUAUUAGCAGGAAAAGAAUAACCUAAUUUAGGAAGAUUUGAUAAUCCUCCUGAUUGGAAUGAGUUACUAAAAUAUUUUAGAGGCUCUGAAUUAUAAGGAUAUUUUACAAAUAUGUUAGAAUAAAAAUUAAAAUCUGCUAUAAAAAUUUAAUAUGUAGAUGCAAUUCCUAAAUACGUAAAAGGAAAAGUAGGGGAUAUAAUAAGGUAAAAAGACUCAAAAGGAAAUUCUGAAUAACUACUUUAAGAAUUAUAAUUAGACCAUUUAUUAGAAAGAGACAUCACCCAAUUAUCUGGAGGAGAACUUCAACGUCUAGCUAUUCUUAUUGUUUGUAUUUAAGACGUUCAAAUAUCCAUGUUCGAUGAACCUUCAUCAUAUUUAGAUGUAAAAUAAAGACUAAAAGCAGCAAGAGUAAUAAGGUAAUUAAUUCAAGAUAAGAAUUAUAUUAUUUGUGUUGAGCACGAUCUUUCUGUUUUAGAUUAUCUUUCUGAUUUUAUUUGUUGUCUUUAUGGUGAAUAAACUGCUUAUGGUAUUGUUACUAUGCCUUUUUCUGUUAGAGAAGGUAUUAAUAUUUUCCUUGGUGGAUUCAUUCCUACAGAAAAUAUGCGUUUUAGAGAAUAUGGCUUGAGUUUUAGAGUUGCUGAUAAUAUAGAACCUAUUGAUACUGCUUAAUUAGCAAGUUAUACUUACCCUCAUAUGGUUAAAAAAUAAGGAGAUUUUUAACUGACAGUACAUCCGGGAAGUUUCAGUUAAUCUGAAAUUAUAGUUUUAUUAGGAGAAAAUGGAACUGGUAAAACAACAUUUAUAAAAAUGUUAGCUGGUAAAGAUGCUGACAUGAAAGACAAAGUUCCAGAAUUAAACGUAUCUUAUAAACCAUAAACACUUGCACCUAAAUUUGAUGGAAGUGUAAGAGAUUUACUUAACUUAAGACUUUCUAAUGCUUAUACGCACCCUGCUUUUGUUUCUGAUGUAGGAAAACCCAUGAUGUUAGAAGAUAUUAUUGAUAAUGAAGUGCAAGCACUAUCUGGUGGUGAAUUGUAAAGAGUUGCUCUUAUAUUGGCUUUGGGUAAGCCUGCUGAUGUUUAUCUUAUUGAUGAACCUUCUGCUUAUUUAGAUUCAGAAUAGAGAAUUAUUGUUGCUAAAGUUAUUAAAAGAUUCAUUAUGAAUACUAAAAGAGCUGCUUUUAUAGUAGAACAUGAUUUUAUUAUGGCUACUUAUUUAGCCGAUAAGGUUAUUGUUUAUGAAGGGUCUCCAGGUAAAGAAUGUAUUGCUAAUUCGCCUUAGAGUUUAGUUUCUGGUAUGAAUAAAUUCUUAGAAAUUAUGUCUGUCACUUUUAGAAGAGAUCCUUCCAACUUUAGACCAAGAAUUAAUAAAAUGGAGUCACUUUUGGAUAGAGAAUAGAAAUUGGCAGGAAAUUAUUUUAGUUUAGAAGAGUGA